AUGCAGAAGGGAAACUGCAGCCAGACGGCUGAGGUCCGUCUGUGGUUUGAAAGGGAAGACAGGCUGGCCAGGAGGAUGAGAUGGCGAGCACCUUUUUCCUCCCCACUCGCUGUCAGCCAGGAGGCGGUUAUGUCUCGGGUGCCUUGGGGGAGGAAGAUGACUGCCCAAGUGCUGCUGCAGAUGCUGCUGUUCCUGCUAGGUCUCCUGCUGCUUCCAGGUGCCUGUGGCGGGGGCCCCCGGGAAGACUUCCGCUUCUGCGGCCAGCGGAACCAGACGCAUAACAGCAGCCUCCAUUAUAAGCAGGUGUCCCAGCUCCACAUCUCCAUCAGGAACUCUGAGGAGGCCCUCAUCAUCCAUGCCCCCUUCCCUGGAGUCCACCCGGCUUCUUGGCCGUUCCCUCAGCCCAGGGGCCUCUACCACUUCUGCCUCUACUGGAACCGCCACGCGGGGAAAUUGCAUCUUCGCUACGGCAAGAAAGACUUCGUGCUGAGUGACCAAGCCCCUGACCUCCUGUGCUUCCGGCAUCAGGAGGAGACCCUGGCCCCGGGGCCCCCACUGUUUGCCACCUCUGUCAGCUCCUGGUGGAGCCCCCAGAACACGAGUCUGCCCAGCGCGGCCAGCUUCAUCUUCUCCUUCCACAAUCCCCCUCACAAGGCCUCCCACAAUGCCUCGGUGAACAUAUGUGAGCUGAAAAGGGACCUCCAGCGGCUCAGCCAGUUCCUGAAGCAUCCCGGGAAGACCUCAAGGAGGCCCCCCUUCACCCCUAUGGGCCAGCAGCUGCAGAGCCUGGAGUCGAAGCUGGCCUCUGUGAACUUCACAGGGGACGCCGUGUCCUUCGAGGAGGAGCGGGUCAACGCCACAGUGUGGAAGCUCCAGCCUGACUUCAGUCCACGGGACCUGCACAUCCACUCCCCGCGGGAGGAGGAGCAGAGCGGGAUCCUGGAGUACUCGGUGCUGCUGCCUGGUGUGCUCUUCCAGAAGAGCAAGGGCAGGAGGCAGGAGGCCGAGAAGAGACUCCUCUUGGUGGACUUCAGCAGCCAAGCUCUGUUCCAGGACAAGAACUCCAGCCAGGUCUUGGGAGAGAAGGUCUUGGGUAUUGUUGUGCAGAACACCAAAGUAGCCAACCUCUCGAAGCCCGUGGUGCUCACCUUCCAGCACCAGCCACAGCCGAAGAACGUGACUCUGCAAUGUGUAUUCUGGGUUGAAGACCUGACAUCGAGCAGUCCGGGGAGCUGGAGUGAUGUGGGGUGUGAGACCAUCAGGAAAGAGACACAGACAUCCUGCCACUGCAACCACUUGACCUACUUUGCAGUGCUGAUGGUCGCCUCCGUGGAGGUGGACGCCGUCCACAAGCACUAUCUGACCCUCCUCUCCUACGUGGGCUGCGUCAUCUCCGCCCUGGCCUGCGUCCUCACCAUGGCUGCCUACCUCUGCUCCAGGAGGAAAUCUAGGGAUUAUACCAUCAAGGUUCACAUGAACCUGCUGCUGGCCAUCUUCCUGCUGGACGUGAGCUUCCUGCUUAGCGAGCCAGUGGCCUUGUCAGGCUCCGAGGCUGCCUGCCGUGCCAGCGCCAUCUUCCUGCACUUCUCUCUGCUCGCCUGCCUCUCCUGGAUGGGCCUCGAGGGCUACAACCUCUACCGACUUGUGGUUGAGGUCUUCGGCACCUAUGUUCCAGGCUACCUGCUCAAGCUAAGCAUCGUGGGCUGGGGCUUCCCCGUUUUCCUGGUGAUGCUGGUGGCACUGGUGGACGUGAACAACUAUGGUCACAUCAUCCUUGCAGUGCACAAGACCCCUGAGAGUGUCAUCUACCCUUCCAUGUGCUGGAUCCGGGACUCCUUGAUCAGCCAUGUCACCAACUUGGGCCUGUUCAGCCUGGUGUUUCUGUUCAACACGGCCAUGCUGGGCACCAUGGUGGUGCAGAUCCUGCGGCUGCGCCCACACGCCCAGAAGUGGCCCCACGUGCUGACCCUGCUGGGCCUCAGUCUGGUCCUCGGCCUGCCCUGGGCCAUGGUCUUCUUCUCCUUUGCUUCUGGCACCUUCCAGCUUGUUGUCCUCUACUUCUUCAGCAUCAUCACCUCCUUCCAAGGCUUCCUCAUUUUCCUCUGGUACUGGUCCAUGCGCCUGCAGGCCCGGGGUGGGCCUUCCCCUCUGAAGAGCAACUCGGACAGCGCCAGGCUCCCCAUCAGCUCGGGCAGCACCUCGUCCAGCCGCAUCUAG